UGCUUCAAAAAAAAAAAAAAAAAAAAAAAAAAAAAAAAAAAAAACAGAACAUAGAAAGAUAUGGCAGGUGAUAAAGUCUCUGAUGGUUCAAACAUCACCGUUUUGCUUCAAAACGACACUCUCCCUUGUGAUUCUCUUUGGAUUCCUUCUUCUUCUGCCUCUCUUCAUGGUGCAAAAUCAAUAGUUAAUUUUCAGAAUGUUAGUGGAGGAGAAGAAAUGGAUGCGGAAUUUUUUCAACCUCUUAUUAAAGAAGAAAAUGGAGAUGAAGAUUUUGAUGUGUGCUUUAAUCCACCGGGGAAGAAAAGGCGGCUAUCUGCUGGUCAAGUUGAGUUCCUUGAAAGGAACUUUGAGGUAGAAAAUAAGCUUGAACCAGAAAGAAAGAUACAACUUGCUAAAGAACUUGGCUUGCAGCCUCGCCAAGUUGCCAUAUGGUUUCAAAACCGGAGGGCUCGGUUCAAGAACAAGCAACUGGAAAAGGAUUACGACUCUCUAAAAGCUAGCUAUGACAAGCUUAAAUCUGAUUACGCCAUUCUCCUAAAAGAGAAAGACAAUUUGAAAAAUCAGAUAGUUUCACUCAAAGAGAAAAUGCUUGCAAGAGAGAAAGGGAGAGAAAAUUUAGGACCAACACUUGAUGCCAUUAAUUCAUCAAAAGCAGAAGUUGAUCAAAACCCAGUUGCUAAUACUGUAUCUGAAGUGGUUUCCAGUGAACAAACGGUGAUGAUAUUCAUCAAACAAGAAGAUGCAAGUUCGGUGAAAAGUGAUGUGUUUGAUUCAGAUAGCCCACAUUCAUUCUUGGAGCCUGCGGAUUCUUCUCAUGUUCUUGAACCUGAACAAUCUGAUUUCUCACAGGAUGAAGAAGAUGAUCUUAGCAGGAGUUUAUUGCCUCCACCAUACUUCCCUAAACUCUACCAUGACCCACCUGCAAAUUCUUGUAGUUUUGAAUUCCCAGUUGAAGAUCAACCCUUUUGGUCCUGGACUUACUGAGUUACGUCAUGUAUGUAAUAUUGUCAGCUUCUAAAUUGCUUACUAAAGCAAAUUAAUCAAAUAUCUCAGUUGUAAUUAUAGUUUUACUGAGCCAUAUUUAUAUAUAUCUAUGUCUCUCACUAUAUAUAUUCAUAAAAAUUUGUUGCCUUCCA